AUGGACCGCACGAUCGCGGCCGUGAAGGCCUUCAACGAGCAACCGAUGGAGGCGAAGGCAAAAAUAUACAGGAGGGAGAUGGCGGGGGAGAUGGACACCGGCGUCGCGUUCUUCUCCAACGUUGACUUGUUCCAUUCCAAAGCGGCUAGCAGGAGGGACACGCUCCAGUUAAGGUUGGAGCCGAAACCGAACAUGGCAGAGAUGCCCGAGGUCUGCAAAAAUGAGCCUGAUCUGACGAUCGGCUUGUCGUCCCACACGGACCCGGGAGUGAUCGCAGUGCUCAUGCAGGACCAACACCCAGGUUUGCAAGUGAAGCAUGGGGACGAGUGGUUGGAUGCACCGCCCGUUCCCGGUGCUCUGGUUGUGAACAUUGGUGACAUCCUUUAG